UGUCUUCACGUUACCAACGCCUCCAUUUUUAUAAUCCUUUUCCCUCCCUCCAAACAUUCUCAACCAUCUCCAUCUUUUCUUCGCUUUCACUUCUCUCUCUCUCUCUCUCUCUCUCUCUCUCCUUCUCCCUUAAUCAGUGUUUCAGAUCACCAACUCUGUAUCUCCCUUCAAUCUCCCGUGUCUCUACCUUCAUUUCUCUGCACGAGGAAGAAUUACAGAGUCUACCAUUUUCGUUGUCUUCUCCAGCUAUUAGGAUUCACAUUUUCAUUUCUCCCUGGGGGCUUUCGAUCUCGCCGUUUCCGCUUCAAAACAGAGUUACUUCUACACUCUUAUCGAGUGAACUUUGAUUUUCAACGAAUAAAGUCUCCGUUUACUUUUUCGUCUUGGACUUUUACUCCUGUUCAAUUAAUGAUUUAUGUAUGGUUGAAAUUGUUACUGCACGUCUUUUUUAACUGUAAGAUGAGGUUUGGUUCUUGAGUUUGGUAAGUAGAUUUAGGUUUGGUAAUGCUUGACUGCUGAGUGAUUUUAAUUUUUUCAAGUAUAUGUUGUCAUUGUUCUCUUAGAUCUACCCACUGCAACUUUCUACUUGCAACUCCGAUGCUUGUAAUUCUAAUGUGCUGUGUGGACAUGACUACAGAGCUGUUGGAUAUUCAACCCGGUGAACUCAAGUUCGAAUUUGAGUUGAAGAAACAAGGCACAUGUUCAAUCCAACUGAACAACAAAUCUGAUCAUUUUGUCUCUUUUAAGGUGAAGACUACUUCUCCAAAGAAAUACUGUGUUCGCCCAAACACAGGGAUAAUCAAGCCAAAAACAAUAUGCGAUUGUAUAGUUACCAUGCAAGCUCAGCGUGUUGCGCCACCUGGCUUAGAAUGUAAAGAUAAGUUCCUGAUUCAAAGUAUUGUUGUUCCCUUUGGAGCAACUGAUGAAGACAUUACAUCUGACAUGUUUGGCAAAAAUAGUGGCAGAUGCAUUGAGGAAAAGAAGCUUAGGGUAUUCUUACUUCCCAAACCCCCUUCCCAGUACUUUUUGCCAGUUAAUGGAGAACUGAAGCAAGAUAGACUGCUGACAGGAAUAGAAAAUGUACCUCCACCUCUACAGGCUGAUCAGAAUGUGGAGAGGUUUGAUACACCUGCAGAUCUUGAUGAGCUUAAAACAGCUAAUAAAGAGGUCAUUGGAAAAGAAAAGGAUGCAGAUCAGCCAAACGCAGCUAAGAAUUUGCAGGAUGCCCGAGCUGUAAUUGGUACUGAUAAGUUAAUAGCUACUGAGGAGGAUGUUGUAAAUGCAAAGGAUGCUGAUCGACUAGACGUUGCUAAGCAUUUGCAGGGAGUCCAAGCUGCCUCUGACGUUGAUAAGUUAAUAGCAGAUAAGGAUGAGCAAUCAUGCCCAGCAGAGGAUUUGGAUGAAUUGGAAGAUGCAAAGGAUGACCUUAAGUUGAAGUUGGCCAAGGAAUUUGUGGAGUUGAAGUCAAAGCUACAUGACAUGGAUUCAAAGCUAAGGGAGGCAGAACUUAUCAUCACGAACAUGACUGAAGAGGGGAGAAUGGCCACUCAAGAGAGAGAUAAGCUUAGACAUGAAGUGCUGUUCCUGAGGAGAAACAACAGUACAAUUAGAAGAACUCGAGUGGGUUUUCCUCUGUUAUAUGUAUGUGCGGUUGCUCUGAUCAGUCUGGGAGUUGGUUAUUUUAGUCAUUCAUAGAAAAACCAGAAUUCUCUGUUCGUGAAAGUUGACUUCUUCCAGGACAAAGAAAUAGGUACGUCAUCUUUGAAUUUUAUUAGGAUCGAAGGGUCUUAUUAGGUAUUUGAUUGUUGAUGCCAUGUUCUAACAUCAGAAAUGUAGCUUUAUGUAUGUAAUUUUGUAAAAUAUGCUUUACAAAUAUACCUUCUCAACUUAAA